AUGAACAAGUCUGCUAUCUACUUUGGAGGAGUCAAUGAAGCUAAUAAAAGGGCUAUUCUGAACUUGAUGAAUAUGGAAGAAGGCUCUUUCCCUCUCAGAUAUCUGGGAGUAAAACUUCGACCUAAUAAAUGGAAGACUUCGGAUUGUGAUUGCAUUUUGGAUAAGGGGAAUUUGAAGCUUAAUAAUUGGGCUAGCAGAAAUCUUUCUUUUGUAGGGAGGGCACAAUUAAUUCAUUCGGUUCUUUUGGGGAUGAGGAACUUUUGGAUGACCCUAUUUAUUCUUCCCAAGAAAGUGACGGCUGCUAUUGACAAAAGUUACAGGGAUUUCCUUUGGGGGUCAAUGGAAAUCGAAGAUAGCAGCUGGUAUUUCAAGAAAAUCUUGAGACUCAGAGAGAUCAUUAACCGAGAUGCUCUCCUGGGGGCGGGUAAGAAUGGGAAAUUUAAGGCUAAAUUGUUUUAUAAUUCUCUCAUCACUGCUGAAAUAUCUGAGUAUGCGCCUACUAUUUGGCAUAAGAUUUGUGUGCCUAAGCGUAGGUUUAUUUGUUGGCAAGCUAUAAAUGAUCAUCUGUUGACUAGGGAUCACCUUAGUAGAGUGAUGGAGAUUGUUAAUAAGAACUGCCAUGUUUGUGAGAUGCACCCGGAGUCUCACAACCAUGUUUUCUUUGAGUGUCAUUUUGCCAAAUUGGUGAUGACUGAGAUAGGUACCUGGUUUGGGCUGAAUAACUGGCCGAGUGACUUCAAGCAAUGGAAGGAUUGGUGUUCGAAGAAGUUGAAGAACUUGCUGGACACGGUGAUGAACACUAUCAUGGCUGCUGCAGUUUAUUUUCAUUGGCUGAACAAGAAUGGCUGCUGGUUUAAUAGGUGUUGUCGGGCUCCUGGUUUGGUUAGCAGGGAGAUAAAAAAUGUUGUUAAGUAUAAAAUCAUGAGUCGUAGUUUUCAACACUUGAAAGGGAGGGAUUUGUACAUUAUUAAUGUAAUUAACAGCUGGUAG